AUGGACAGGACUGGUUCACGACUUCUGUUGGUGGAUAAUGAUUUCCUGGGUAGUGAAAGUGGAGGUGAAUCAUCGUCUGGUUAUGAAUCCAGCGACUCGUCCAAUAUAUCACGUGACUCAAGCCCCGCACCUUCUCGUCUGCCCCGCCCCUCAACUCAGAACGGAGUAAUGAUCUUCAAAAGCAGCGCCGGUCUUCAGGAUAGCCUUGCUUUUAUUCUCAGCAUGCCCGAGCUGUGUGACGUCACUUUCCUUGUUGGCAAAGAUCAAGUUCCGGUUCAUGGGGUCAAGGCCAUUCUCGCAACACGUAGCAGGUCUUUAUAUCAACUGGUCCUACACCAUCAGAGACAGUUGGAACUGACAAAGCCUACCAAGAAGAGAUUCAAGAAACAAAAACCCCCUCCCUACCCGAACACGCUCGUCAUCCACGUCCCUGACUACCAGGUGGAGACAUUCAGAAGGUUCAUCACCUUUGUCCAUUCGGGCAAGGUCAAAGUCGACGUCAACCACGUUGUCGCCCUCAACUCACAUGCCAAUGGCCCAGAAGAGGCUGCAACCACAAGUCAGAACCCGCAGUUUAACAGUGUACAUGGUAAACUGAGGAAGACCUCUCCGGCAGGACGUUGA